AUUGCUGUCUAGAUGAUGAUGGAGGAAGCUCAAUUUCGAAGCUCAUGAACCGCAUCGAUGUCGGUCUCCGUCUCCGCCAUUUUCCGAAAUUUAUAUUAUCUCAAACCCGAAAAGUAGCUUCUUCUGUACCCAAACCGAAAUCGUCACGACAUGGGACAUCUAUUCAUGAAAACUUGCUGGGUCAGGUACUGGACACUUACCCAGAUCACAAAACCCUCAGAGCAGUCCACUCCAGAAUCAUUCUAGAAGAUCUACGCUGCGAUUCGUCUCUAGGCGUUAAACUUAUGAGAGCUUAUGCCUCUGUAAAAGAUGUGGCGUCAGCACGCAAAGUGUUCGACGAAAUUCCUGAGAGAAACGUGAUCAUCAUUAAUGUUAUGAUCAGAAGCUAUGUGAAUAACGGGUUUUACCGUGAAGGGAUUCAAGUAUUUAGGACGAUGUGUGGCUAUAAUGUUAGACCCGAUCAUUACACUUUCCCGUGUGUUCUAAAGGCUUGUUCUUGCUCUGGGAAUAUUGUCAUUGGGAAGAAAAUCCAUGGCUCCGCUACAAGAGUUGGGCUCUCUGCGACUCUGUUUGUUGGGAAUGGUUUAGUUUCUAUGUAUGGAAAGUGUGGAUCUUUGGAUGAAGCAAGGCUUGUACUUGAUGAGAUGUCGAGGAGAGAUGUGGUCUCUUGGAACUCGUUAGUUGCUGGGUAUGCGCAAAACCAGAGAUUCGAUGAUGCUUUGGAGGUUUGUAGGGAAAUGGAGUCCGUGAAGAUAAGCCACGACGCUGGCACGAUGGCUAGUCUUUUACCAGCAGUGACCAAUACAACGACGAGUAAUGUUAUGUAUGUUAAAGACAUGUUUUUGAAAAUGGGGAAAAAGAGUUUGGUUUCAUGGAACGUGAUGAUCGGUGUGUAUAUGAAGAACGCGAUGCCUCUUGAAGCCGUUGAAUUGUAUUCUCGUAUGGAAGCUGAUGGGACCGAACCUGAUGCAGUCUCAAUCACAAGUGUUUUACCGGCUUGUGGAGAUACAUCUGCUCUGUCUCUUGGUAAGAAAAUCCAUGGAUACAUCGAGAGGAAGAAGCUGAUACCGAAUCUGUUGUUAGAGAACGCAUUGAUUGAUAUGUACGCGAAAUGUGGAUGUCUAGAUAGAGCGAGAGAUGUGUUUGAGAACAUGAAGUCCCGUGACGUUGUUUCUUGGACAGCUAUGAUCUCAGCUUAUGGAGUCAGCGGGAAAGGCCAUGACGCAGUGGCAUUGUUUUCUAAAAUGCAAGACUCGGGUCUUGUCCCUGAUGCAAUCGCGUUUGUCACAACGCUCGCUGCUUGUAGCCACGCGGGGUUACUAGAAGAAGGUCGGAGUUUUUUCAAACUCAUGACAGAUCAUUACAAGAUUACUCCUAGGUUAGAGCAUUUCGCUUGUAUGGUGGAUCUUCUUGGCCGAGCUGGAAAAGUGAAAGAAGCUUAUGAAUUCAUACAGGAAAUGUCAAUGGAACCGAACGAGAGAGUUUGGGGAGCAUUGUUAGGUGCUUGCAGGGUACACUCCGACACAGACAUCGGUCUACUAGCAGCUGAUAAGCUUUUCAAGUUAGCACCUGAGCAAUCUGGUUACUACGUAUUGCUUUCUAACAUAUACGCAAAGGCUGGAAAAUGGGAAGAGGUUACAAAAAUUAGAUAUCUAAUGAAGAGCAAAGGGAUAAAGAAGAAUCCUGGAGCGAGCAACGUUGAGGUCAAUGGACAGAUUUAUACAUUCUUGGUAGGCGACAGGUCACACGAGCAAUCCGAUGAGAUUUACAGAGAGCUGGAUGUUUUAGUAAGGAAAAUGAAAGAGUUAGGGUAUGUUCCUGAUUCGGAAUCGGCGCUUCACGAUGUGGAAGAAGAAGAUAAGGAGACGCAUUUGGCUGUUCACAGUGAGAAACUAGCCAUUGUGUUUGCUCUGAUGAACACAGAGGAAGGAGAAGACGACAAUAACGCCAUAAGGAUAACGAAGAACCUUAGGAUUUGUGGAGACUGUCAUGUUGCAGCGAAGCUUAUCUCACAGAUAACUUCUCGUGAGAUCAUCAUCAGAGACACCAAUAGAUUUCAUGUGUUCCGGUUUGGUGUUUGCUCUUGUGGUGACUAUUGGUGAAAUUAAUUGUUUUGAGUAACAACAUUACAAGAAAAACGCUGCGUUUUGAUGAUAAUGAAAGAACACUUUUUGGACAGCUUUAUAAUAUCUUCUUGGGUUUCAACCAAUCCGAAUAUUACACGUCAUCACCUAUAAGGAAACUCCCCAGAAGAGAUAGCCUAAUCUGCAAAUCACUCUCCAGCUUCUGAGCUCAGAGAGAAAGAGAGAGAGCGCGCAGGUUAGAGAUAGAGAUAAUACCUCACCGAUGAUUGAGUCGGUCAUGGCCGUUCGUCUCUCCACUGGAUUCUGCUCCUCGACGGCGCUACUCCAGUAUCGUCCUGCACCGAGCACGGAGGAGGGAGUGAGCUGCUUCCAUUAUGCGUCCCGCCGCGUUUUUCAGCCUCAACGUCUCAACAAUACUGAUGGGAGUGGAUUUCUGAGGUACAAUAGUGACUACUUGACAAGAAAACACCCGAGGAAGAAUCGAACUCAAGCCACAGCCGAGUACUUAGAUUCAGCUUCAGAUCCAGAAAAGCAAACCGGGAAGUCAAGGUAUCACCCUUCAGAAGAAAUUAUAGCCUCUUUGCCUCAGUUAGCUGGAGAUUCAAGGCUUUCUCCUGCAGAAACUACAAGAACCAUCAUUGAGGUGAACAAUAAAGGAACCCUGAUGCUUACCGGUUCAAUUGGUGAUGGUGUUCACGAGAAUAUUCUCUGGCCAGAUAUACCUUAUAUAACAGAUCAGAAUGGAAAUUUAUACUUUCAAGUGAAGGAGGAUGAGGACGUCAUGCAGUCUGUUACUUCUGAGAAUAAUUAUGUGCAAGUAAUAGUAGGUUUUGAUACGAUGGAGAUGAUCAAGGAAAUGGAGCUGAUGGGUCUAUCUGAUAGUGACUUUGAAACUGAUGACGAUGAAAGUGGAGGAGAAGAUGACAGUGAGGAGGAUGGGGAUGAAAGAGAAGACGGAGAUGAGGAGGAAUGGGUCGCUAUUCUUGAGGAUGAAGAUGAAGACGAAGAUGACGAUGAAGAUGAUGAUGAUGAGGAUGACGAGGAUAACGAUGAAUCGCUUGGCGACUGGGCAAAUUUGGAAACCAUGAGGAGUUGUCAUCCCAUGUUUUUCGCAAAGAGAAUGACCGAGGUUGCUUCUAAUGAUCCUGUAGAUUGGAUGGAUCAGCCGUCUGCUGGACUCGCCAUCCAGGGACUGUUGAGUCACAUCUUAGUGGAGGAUUACUCAGAUAUCCAAAAGAAACUUGCUGAUAGCAAAUCCACAAGUACGAACGGAAACAAGGAUGCAGAAAACUUACAAGAAAAGAUCGAAGACAUUAAUAAGGCAGAUGGUGACGAAUUUGAGAAAACGAGAAAAGUGGUGGCGUUUUACAAGCUGGAGAUGAUAAGAAUUCAGCUUAUUACAGCACAAGGGGAUCAGACUGAAGUUGAAGUGGAAGAUGUCAGAAAAGCACAACCUGAUGCUGUCGCUCAUGCAUCAGCUGGAAUCAUAAGCCGUUUAGAAGAAUCUGGUGAUAAACUAGCUGAAGCCCUUAGAUCUUUGUGUUGGAGACAUUACAGUAUUCAAGCAGAGGAAGUGAAGCUGAUUGGGAUAGAUUCCCUUGGUUUUGACCUAAGACUCUGUGCAGGAGCAAAGAUUGAGUCGUUGCGGUUUGCAUUCCUGACAAGGGCAACAUCAGAAGACGAUGCAGAGGGACAAAUGAGAACACUGUUAUUUCCGGCAACAAACACGCCAAAUCAACAAAAACCGAAACGAACAAGUCAGAAGGAGUCAUCUUGAUGAUGUAGUAAUCUUCAAUGAAGCUGCGCGGAUAAAAACAGUUCCAUGAACAAUCAAUUUGUUGGAGAUCUAAGCCUUGGAGUAAGAUCUUUGGCUUUGAAUGAAUUUUUCAAAUGAAUUUUGAACGCUGUAACUUUUUUUCUUAAAGCGGUUUCAAGUUUGUGGGUUACUCUGCACAAAUUGAGCAUUGAAGUUUCAACCCAUUCUUUAGUAAGUGCAUUACUUAUGCCGAAAUCAACUUUAACCGGACCUUUGUUCUGGUAUUUCUCGAACCAUGCAUCUUGAUAUCAUGGGUUAUUUAAACUCCUCUCCUCGAAAUAUGACGAAG